GCGGCCUCAGAUCCCACAAGGCGGCGGCAGCCUAGUUAAUGCUUUGAGUUUAAUGUAAAAACUGUGAGGGCAUUAUUAUAAAGCCUAACAACUGAUCCAGACCCAAAUAGAAUGCACGCAGUUAAGUGACACGGUCGCAUCCAGUACUGACUAGCCAGUCAAACUGCUCCAUCUAUCGGCAAUGUAUUAAUCAUACCAAGCACAUUCUUCUAUCUUAAGUUAUGAUGUUCCCUUUGGAAAAAAAUUAAGUGAUCCUAUUUUAUUCUGUUUCCCUGAUGACCACCCUCCACACUUCACCGAGUUAGAGCGCCACAGGCAGGGGAGCAAGAGCCAAAGACAAAGCCGUGUAAGCAGCAUGCCGACUAGCAAAGAGGAUGAGAAGCGAGUUGACGGAACAAUGAGAAAGGCAAAGGACAAGAGUGUGAAGAGGAGUGCGGAGGAGGAAGACGAAAAGCUCUUCACGAACAAGCUCCCUGCCGAUGAAGAAGAGAGUGAAGAUUUGUCAGACAGCGAGGAGAGUGUGUUCUCUGGACUAGAGGACUCUGGGAGCGAAAGUGAAGAGGAAGAGGGAGGAGAUGGAACAGAUGAUGAUGAUGACGAUAGACCGCUGAAAAACAGGGAUGAGACUGGACCAGAGGAGAGUGGCAAAGAUGAGCAGGACAUCCAAGCCGUCUGCAGCAGGAAAAAGAGGCGAGAAAAGACCUCUCCAUCCUCCUCACUACAAGAGAAGAGGGAGCUGAUGGAGGGAGAGGAGGGAAUCCAGGAGGAGGAAUAUGAGCACGACACCUCAGAUGAGGAGGACAUCAGAAACACUGUUGGGAACAUUCCCAUGGAGUGGUACAGGGAUUACCCUCACAUUGGCUACAACCUGGACGGAAAGAAGAUUUACAAGCCAAUCAGAAACAAGGAUGAACUAGACAACUUCCUGGAUAAAAUGGAGAACCCUGAUUACUGGCGUACAGUACAGGACAAGCAGACAGGAAUGGACAUUGUCCUUUCAGAUGAACAGGUGGACUUGGUCAAUCGGCUUCAGAGAGGUCAGUUUGGGGAAGUCACCUUCAAUGAAUACCAGCCGUCAGUGGAGUUUUUCAGCAGUGAGUUGAUGAUCCAUCCUGUUACCAAUAGACCGCAGGACAAACGAAGCUUCAUCCCAUCUCUCAUGGAGAAGGAAAAGGUGUCUAAACUGGUUCAUGCUAUAAAAAUGGGAUGGAUUAAGCCCAGGCAGGCGAAAGUGGACAAUAGAGGGCAGUAUUAUGAUCUCUGGGCGACCGAAGACCCCAAUGCCAUACUGGGGCGACACAAAAUGCACAUCCCUGCUCCCAAGAUGAGACUUCCUGGACACGAGGAGUCUUAUAACCCUCCACCAGAGUAUCUGCCCUCUGAGGAGGAGCGUCUUGCCUGGGAGCAGCAGGAUCCAGAAGACAGAAAGUUGUCUUUACUGCCAAGGAAAUACUCCUGUUUGCGUUCUGUUCCUGCCUUCCCCAGGUUCAUCCAUGAACGCUUCGAACGCUGCCUGGAUCUCUACCUUUGUCCCCGUCAGAGGAAGAUGAGGGUUAAUGUGAAUCCAGAGGAUUUGAUACCAAAACUUCCAAAACCCAAAGACCUGCAACCCUUCCCAACCACACAGUCACUGGUGUAUCGAGGUCAUAGCGGUCUGAUACGCUCCAUCAGCAUCUCCCCUACUGGACAGUGGCUGGUCUCAGGUUCCGAUGAUGGUACGGUAAGGUUCUGGGAGGUGUGUUCUGCUCGUUGUCUUAAGGUGGUGCAGGUGGGAGGAGCAGUGAGGAGCGUCGCGUGGAACCCAAACUCUGCUGUCUGUCUGCUGGCUGUCGCCUUUGACAGUGUGGUUGUCAUAGUAACUCCUUCUCUAGGAGAUAAGGUGGUGCUGAGUUCUACAGAGAAGCUCCUCCUGUCCUAUCAACCUCCUGAUGAGAAAGGGGAGGAGCCUGUUACCUGGAGCCUAGCUGAGGGGGAGGAGUUUAACCAGGGGAUCCAUCUUAAAAUUCAACAUCCCAAGGCCGUACAUCAAGUGACCUGGCAUGCCAAAGGAGACUAUUUAGCCUCUGUCAUGCCUGAUACCUCAAGCCACUUGCAGGUAUUAAUCCAUCAGCUCAGCAAGAGGCAGAGCCAAAACCCCUUCAGGCGUAAUAAGGGCCUGGUGCAGUCUGUGUCCUUCCACCCUGUUCGACCCUAUUUCUUUGUGGCAACUCAGCGCUCCGUCAGAGUCUACAACCUCAUAAAACAGGAGCUGACCAAGAAACUGCUGGCCAACUCCAAAUGGAUUUCUAGCAUGGCUAUCCACCCAGGAGGUGACAAUGUCAUUUGUGGAAGUUAUGACUGCAGGCUGUCCUGGUUUGACCUGGACCUCUCUACCACACCCUACAAGAUGUUAAGGCACCAUAAGAAAGCUGUAAGGGGCGUUGCUUAUCAUAAGACCUACCCCUUGUUUGCCUCGGGCUCUGAUGAUGGAUCUGUGAUAGUCUGCCAUGGGACAGUGUACAAUGACCUGUUACAGAACCCCCUUAUUGUUCCGGUGAAGGUUCUGAAGGGUCAUGUAUUGACCCAAGACCUUGGCGUUUUAGAUGUGACCUUUCACCCCACCCAGCCUUGGCUCUUCUCAUCUGGUGCUGAUGCUACAAUAAGGCUCUUCACUUAAAAACCUGCCCAGCAACCCGUGUCACACUUGGCACCCAUGUCCUUCUUCACACAGAAGCCCCGGUGACCCCAGUGUCCUUCUUCAUACAGAAGCCCCGGUGACCCCAGUGGCCAGUUGCAUCACAGAAGAACAUAGCAACCAUGUGUUAAUGAUCCAAAUGAUACAGAAAUAAAAUACAUGUGUAAUUGCUAGCUAAUGAUUCUGCUUCUUACCUUACAUUGUCUUUACUGGCCAGCUGUCUGUUCUAUCUAGGGUUUGUGUUCAUUUUUUAAUUAAAUUGCUGUUUUCUGAA